CCCACCCCCCCACCCCACCGGCCGGCAUGCUUCUGCCUGUCUUAGCGGGGCUCGCUUUCUCCGCGUGGGGGGCAGCGGGCGCCCAGGAGAGCCCCCCGGGGAGCCGCUUCGUGUGCACCUCGCUGCCUCUGGACGCCGCCAACCCGGGCUGCCCGCUGCCCCCCAUCCCCAUGCAAGGGGGCGGGCUGCCCCCCGAGGAGGAGCUGAAGGCCACCGUGCUGCAGCUGCGGGAGACGAUCCUGCAGCAGAAGGAGACCAUCGGGAACCAGAGGGAGGCCAUCCGCGAGCUGACCGCCAAGCUCGGCCGCUGCGAGACCCCCGACGGCAAAUCGGGCACGUGGAGGAAGGAGUUCGGCAAAGGCAAGGACACCAUGGGCGACUUGCCCCGCGACCCCGGCAAGAUCAUCGAUCAGCUCAGCCGCACGAUGCAGACGCUCAAGGAUCGCCUGGAGAAUCUGGAGCAUCAGCUCCGAGCGAACGUGUCCUACACAGCCCUGCCUCUCGAUCUCCGAGAGAUGCUUCAGAGGAGGCUGGGAGAUUUAGAGCGCCAGCUUUUAAGCAAAGUGGCAGACCUGGAGAACGAGAAAUCCCUGCUUCAUAAUGAGACUUCCACCCAUCGGCAAAGGACAGAGGCGGCCUUGAACGCACUUCUUGAAAGGGUUUCUGAACUAGAAAGAGGUACCAGCGCCUUCAAGUCACCGGAUGAAUUUAAAGUCUCCCUCCCUCUCCGCACCAACUACUUGUAUGGGAAGAUCAAGAAGACGUUGCCUGAGCUGUAUGCCUUCACUGUGUGCUUGUGGCUGAAGUCGAGUGCCUCUCCGGGAAUAGGAACACCCUUCUCCUACGCUGUCCCUGGGCAAGCUAAUGAAGUGGUGCUGAUCGAGUGGGGGAACAACCCCAUUGAGCUGCUCAUUAAUGACAAGGUCGCCCAGCUCCCGCUCUUCAUUAGCGAUGGAAAAUGGCACCACAUCUGUGUGACAUGGACCACGAGGGACGGAAUGUGGGAAGCUUUCCAGGAUGGGGAGAAGCUUGAGACAGGGGACAAUUUAGCCCCUUGGCACCCCAUUAAGCCAGGAGGGGUUCUGAUCCUUGGUCAGGAGCAGGACACUGUUGGAGGAAGGUUUGAUGCAACUCAAGCUUUCGUUGGGGAGAUGAGCCAGUUCAAUAUAUGGGACAGAGUCUUGAAGCCUGAAGACAUCAUGAAUAUUGCUAACUGCUCCACCAACAUGCCGGGCAACAUCAUCCCCUGGGUUGACAACAACGUGGAUGUGUUUGGAGGUGCAGCGAAAUGGCCCGUAGAGACGUGCGAAGAGCGUUUGCUCGAUUUAUAGCCAUGACCAUAACCCAUUGAAGUGCCCCAUUUUUCUUAAGACAAUCUCUCGUGAGGUCUGACGCUCUGAUGCCCCUAUCCACUUCCUUUAAUUAAUGUUAAUUUUAAUUACCCCUUAGUAAACUCACUGCCAGGGUACCAAUGAGAGGCACAGUUCUCCACAAGUGCUUGCAUCAGUCUCACUUAAAUAAACGGAAGGUGGUAUACAAGACAAGGGUUCCCAAACUGGUCUGCAGACCACCAGUGGUCCAUGAACUUCAUUCAGGUGGUCCAUGACAUGUCUGCAAUAAUACCAUUAAAAAUCACACAGCAUCUAGCUCAGUGCACUGCAAUUGCUAGAGCAGGCAGAAAAACCCUUAAGUGGUUCACCAGGACCCUCAGCAAUUUUCAGAUAGUCCAUGGCGGGGGGAGUUUGGGAAGCAUCUGUACACUAUUAUGCCCUCAACCUGUCCAUCUUUGAUUCUGCUCAGCGGAGCUCCUGCAGAAGAGGUUCGUGGCCAAUUCUGUCUGUUACUUGCAUGGGUUCCUGGCACGGAUUUCCAAAACCAUCAAGCUCUCAGACUUGUGCCAUGGAUCCACAUCCAAAGCUUACCUCUAUCCCUCUGGCAGAAACCCCAUGUCCCGUGAAAAUACUUUGUCCCUGCUUAGUGACAGAAUGCGUCCCCUCCUUAACAGCACAUGGUGUCAAUAAAGCACAAACGUCGUAGGGGUUAAGUGUAAAGACUUACAUGCAAUUUGGUCUUCGCAAUAGAUUCAUGCUGUUUCCCACUGAAACUGUAAUGCCCACCCCUGUGUUUACAGCCAAAUGGAGGAGUUGGGAACACUUGUGGGGCUGAAGUGAAGGAUGGGAAAGGGGAGGUUCCUUAAAGCAGGGGUGAAUUACUUCCUGUGGCCCUCUGGGUUUCUCUAAAUGGCCCUAUGGAAAUAGCAAAAGGCCCUGUCUUUCCUUUUCCAUGCCCACUUC